AUUUAGGUGCGCGAUAAUAAUUGUGACUGAAUUAAGAGGUUCACACGUUUCCAUACCACCUGAAAGUCAGCAGGUGAAGAAUUGUGAUAUCGAUAUCGAACUGAACGAGCUUGAUAUGGGAAUGCACAGAAGGACGUGGACUGCAUUAAUUGAUCUUGCUGGACUCCUGGGUACCGAAGAAACCGAACACGAUUGCACGGAAAUAGAGGAAAACCUUGAGAAAGAUCUCACGAUCAAGUCAAUGCUGGUUCCGUUCUGUGUUGGAUCUGCUGUGCGGGUACGGUCAUUACGUAUCGAUAUGAAUUAUCCAGCGAACUCCACGCGGUUGGGUGUAAUUCGCCUCGAGAAUGCUGUUGUGUCUUCGAAGUUGAAUUUGUACCAAGCGCAAGAAACGCUAUCGAUUUGUAUACUAGUCGAUGGGCUGCGGGUCGACGAUCGUACUCCAUACUAUUCGGAAUUGUACCCGGAAAAGAUGAUACUGUGUGACGGAAACAAUGUGGUACCAAGCCAUGCGGAGAUCAGAAUAGUAAAAUUCUUGGGAGAAGAUGCUAACCGUGAGUGCGAUCUGCGCUUGAGCGUCACCGUACCGGAGACAAUGAGGCUAUACUAUAUACACACUCAUAGGUACUUCUGUGGGUUGCUGGACUUUUGGCUGCAUUUCAAUGAGUUGCAGGAUCAAGUGGCAAAAGUCAAACGUAGAAAUGUGAUCGAUGGCGUUCGCUCGAAGGUUGCCCUGGAUUUGAAUGUGAAAUGCCCAACAAGUGUCGUCUUCCCUCUUAACCAGUGUAGCGAUCAGCUAUUGGUUCUCGAAUCUGAAGGGGUUCGACUGAGCAAUAAGUUCAAACGAAUGAGUGAAAUGGAGAGCGAAUUCCAGAAGAACUGCAUUGAAACUGACUUUGGAUACGAUCCAUCCGUCGAUUGUCUGCUGGACUGCCUGAAUGUAAUGUUGCCAGAGGUUAGCAUUUACGAGGGGAAGCGGUUCAUGAUGGCGAACAGGAAAGAGGACAAGACAUCUCGCUCACUUGGUCGUGAAGCGUUUGAGUCGUUCGAGAUAAUCAUGGCGCUGGAUUCGGUUUUCAGUCGACGAUUUGAUCUUUCUGUGGAUGUGUUCAGAAAUCUCGAUGGAAUUCUUUCACAUAAUGCACCUGAUCUCUCCGUUGUGGCCAGUAUCAGCAAGCUCACGUGGCGUAUCACUUCCGACUUCUACAUUCUAUUUCGAGGUGUCCUUGAAAAGAAUUUCGGUGAUCCGCUUAUCCCCAUACCGGAAACGAUUCCGAUGGAGAUUCUGCAGAAACCUACAACUGGCUGUGUUCGUUUCGAAGUGGGCUGCGUUAAUAAGUAUGCAACUCUUUCUUUUCGGUUACUGUUUGACAACGUGGAAUUGGAUUGUCUGGUUCCACAAACCAGCUCUCACCCACCGCCAACAUCCUUAUUCGGAAAGCCAUUCACGCCAUUCGCUAAAAUGCAGUUGCAUAGUGCUCGAGUCAGUUUCGAUGUCUUCAUUGACGGUCAAAGUGAAUUGGAUCUCGUAUGUGAGAGCGCCAAUCUUAUUGACACUCGAGAAGUACAAUUGGGAAGUGGAACGAAGAACAUGUUCAACACAAUUUUGCGGCCUCGUGAAUCGUCAAAUAAAAACUAUCAGUUGAUGUCCGAAGCCCAUAUAAUGAUGCGAAAAGACGAAGUACCGGUAGUUACGUUGGUGCUGAUGUAUUCACGUGUACUGAUGUUCUACGACUGGUUAAACGACGCAAAAGAGUUUGUGAUGUUGAGCUCCGACUUUGUUCCAAAAUACAGUGACGACGUAGGGCGCACAGUGGUGAAUGGUGGAGUCGUAGGCCGUAUGGGACGAGUGCCAUCGGGACAACAACAGACGUUAGCUUUGAAGAUCACUCUGAGAGACUCGGACCUGUACCUGCUUGAGAAUCCAAGUAGGAGUAAUAGCUUUGCCGUCGUGGUGAACACUAGCGCCGUGUUGAAUGUCAGCGAUCCUGGCGGAGUUAUGGCGUUCAAUUUGGAGAUUCAGAAAUGUAUAUAUUUUGCUUCUGGCUUACAGAAUAUGAGUAUCAGCUGGUGCUGUAUGCAAAAUGAAGAAGCAACCUUGAAUCAGUGCUCGAAUGAGUUCUCAAUCGCUGUUAGCAUGGCUAUGAAUAGUUCAGUGACGGAAGACCCUAAUAAACGGCGAGGAUUGCCUUCUCUGACGCAAAAGAGGCAUAUGAUAGAGGUUUAUAUAAAUGGAAUGAUCGGAAGGCUAUCGUAUAAAGACGUGCGAGUUCUUCGUAAUGCAGUGGACGGGUAUAUGGAGAAUCUGAAACAGAACAGUGGCGUUACAAUGAUACCCGUCAUUGGAAUACCACCGAAACCGAAAAACAUUGAAAUUGGCCGUAUCAUGAUAAAAUCCGAGAGGAUAGAUUUAUGGCUGUUGGAUGAUUUCCAGGGUAGUUCGAUCCCGUUGCUGCGGAUGUCAUUGCUGAGGUAUAUUACAGAUUUGUCAAUCGAUCGGCAAUCAGAGGAUCGUUUGGUAUCGAAUUUCUCGAUAUCCGCAGAUUAUUUCAAUCAAAGAGUUUUUGGAUGGGAGCCAAUGGUUGAAAAGUGGUCUGUAUUGCGGUUACUCUUGACAAGGAAAGAGAACACAAGGAAUAUGGAUCUGAUUGCGGAAUCACGGUCCACACUCGAUAUCAAUAUCACCGAGCAACUUAUGCAGCAAGCUGUUCAGAUUGCCUCACGAUGGCCGCUGAUCCGUUCAUCAUUUGAGAGAGACGAUUUCAGAAAUUCUUGUGCUCGCUCGCGAUCAGAUCAUUUACCAUACCUUUUCAAGAAUCAAACAGGCUGCGAUGUCGUUUUCAGCACUGCUGUGGAGGACAUCCAAAUUGCAAGAACGACGCAGAGGAAAGCCAGUGUACGAUGGAUCAGCGUGGCAAAAGACAAGGAGCAUACGUUCGAAUUUCCACCCCGACUUCUGCUUUACUCGCAUUCCGAGCGUGAACCACCUCGUCAGUUGAUUGUCCGCGUUUCUGGUUGGGAUGAGAUCUCGCCGGUGAACGUGGAUGCGUGUGGAACAUAUUUUCGCUUGGUGAAAGGCGUGAAGAGAGGCAUUCCAAUGGCUCGUGUGGUUAUUCAAGUGACGAUGGAAAAGGACGGGAAAAAAGUUGUUGCCAUUCGAUCGUCCAUAGAUGUGCACAAUCAGUUGCCUCAUCAACUGGCAAUUUAUUCAGCUGAAGACAAGCGAGAACUGAUGAUUGUGGACCCGAUACAAACGAAACCGAUUCCAUUACCGUUUGCCCAUUGUCAGUUCUUAAUGAGUCCAGUGGGCUGUCAAGUGCUGGAGAAGGCUGAAGGAUCCUGGUUGAAAGUUCGUGCAGCUGGUGACACACUAAAUCGCACUCAACGAUUGGAGACAUCUGACAAAAACAACCACUACUGGUUGUGCACUGCUGUACGUCGCGAGCAUUACCCCGAUCAAGAGUCGUUACCGGGUCAUUCUAUUUUCGUAGUGGCACCUCUCACAUUGCAGAAUUUGCUGCCGGUUGAUGUUGAAAUUCACGUUGUCGAUAAAGUUUUUCCUAUUGCGGCGGGUAAACAGCUGCUGAUUACAUCGGUGGAUAUAACUAAACCACUAUCGAUUCGGGUGGUAACCGAUCGGUUACGAACUGUACAGGAAUGCUACAUAUCCAAAUCGAGUGUAGGGGAAGGUCAACUGGUUUCGCUGAGGUUACACGAUGCCAGUGGUCGUCCGCUUGAUAUGUACGGUAACGUGCAUAUUGGAACCGGUGGUUCGAUCUCGUUCUCUUUAUGGGUACCGUACUGGAUAGUGAAUAAGUCAGGCAUCCCAUUGAUUCUCAAGCAAGAAGCUGCAAGUAGUGAGGCUGCAGGCCAGAUGUCCGAACACGAACGAGCAAAGGACAGGAAUCCAUUGAUGUUUAGUUUUGCUGACGACGGAUGCCCAAAACAGUGUGUCGUACGUGUAGGACGCGGAUUAGCGAAGGAACCAUACUAUGUGCCACGCUAUAGCCAGAAGUUUGCAUUAACUCCCGGUGUACAGGCGUUGAAAUUGAAUGUCGUACAUGAGAGUCUGCCCACUCUUUAUUACAAUAUUGGUGUGGAAGUUCGAGCAGGUACGGGUCGUUACAAAGACACCCAGGUGGUUCUACUUACACCUCGUUAUGUGAUCAGUAACCAGUCGUCGUAUGCAAUUUCUGUUUGUCACCAUGAUCUCAUUGAUCGGCCUUCUGAACACGUGCAUAUUGCUUCGCAAUGCAGUCUGGUGUGGAACGAGAACUAUGAAGAUUGCCGACAAAUGUGUGUCCGGCGAAGUGACGUACGCCACUGGAGUUGUCCAUUCCGGAUAGACCGCAUUGGAUCGUUCCAUAUUACGAUGAGGGAUUCGGAUGAAACCCCAAGAUUUGUACGUGUUGAAGUGAUCCUGAACAGCGCGGUAUUCUGCGUGACGUUCACGGAUGCCGAAUAUUACCCACCACCUAUUCGGAUAGAUAAUCAAUCAGACGUUCCUGUUUUGUAUCAGCAGCAGUCGGAAGGUCCAAUAGGGCAACACCUGAGAACAAUAUGCAAAGCUCGUAGCCACAUCGAUUACGCUUGGGAUGAUCUUUACGGAAGCCGACGGAUCGUACUGCAGGUGUACGAGAACAAAAGCCAUGUCUAUGAUCCAUCGAUGCCGGGAAUAGGUCCACAACUCGUCUACGAAAACAAUGUGUACAUUCAACUGGCCUCAUCUUUCAACGAUUUUAAUGUUACCGGAAACAAGAAAACGGAUGAGUGUGAGUUGGUGCUGGAAACAAUGCAAAAAGGAAAAGUUAUGUUGAAUAAGCAGAACAGGAUUGAUGCAAACAACGGCAACCAGCUAUGGGUAAUAUGCAGAGACGGGUGUAUAGAAAACGUUGGGAUGUCGCAUCGUUCGAAAACUCGAACUGUUCUGGAUGUUCUGGAGAGAAUGGGUUUUCAAUUGAUGAUGACCCCACGCUCGUCAUCUCGUGACCGUUUCCAGAAAUGGACUUUAUCCCCGGUUCGUUGGAAGAAAUUAAAAAUGCUGGCGGCUUCUAAGCAAAUUAAAUAUAGCUUUGUAGGUAUAUCCAUUGAGGUAUGGCAAGUCCAACGACAGAGACCAGGUAGUGGUACUUUGGAAGUCGAGUGUUUGCACAGUGGACCUACUCUGGUUGUACGCAUAACUGAUCGAGAAGAUCGCAUGAGGACCCUGUCAAUGCCCACGAUGCCGAAGCCAACAAAUUCAGCGGGCUUGGAAGUUAACGUGACGAUGCGAGCCGGUAUUGGUGUUUCGUUGGUUAAUGGAUCGCAUGAGGAACUGUUGUAUGCGCGAUUUGGUGGAAUUGUGCUAAGUGCACGGCGUAUGGAUGAAACUUACCAGUUGACUGGAAGUGUGGAUGUUAUUCAGAUUGAUAACCAGCUCCUGAAUUCCGAUAAAUGGCAAGUCUUAUACUGUCAACCAGAGGUUUCUGGUACCGCAAGGCCAGCUCUAAAGUUGGAAAUGAAUUGCACCCCCAUGAAGCAUUACGACGCGUUCGAUUGCUUCCGCUUGAAGUUGUGUGAUUUGGAUGUUCAACUGGACGAAUUACUGCUCUGGAAAUUGGUGCAGUUUGCACAGGCAACGGAAGCAGCAUCCAGUGUGCAGCACAGGACCUUGAGCUUACCACCCAAUACAGACUUGGAACGAACGGAUCCAUUACGAACAAGACGAUGGUACUUUGGUACGCUGGAUCUGGAGAUGGGGCAGAUAUCAUUAAGUGUUGUGACCGUAUCGAAGUCAAGCCUCCCACCCGAAUGUCGGCAACUGAAGCAGCAGUUCAAUAUGAAAUUGGUAUCCUUCGAAAACGCUGCAGUGUAUUUACCACCGUUUCGACAAUUUCAUUACUUCGAGACGAGCUCUUUCCUGUUGGAGAGUCUUCAAAAGUUCUACUUUGCUGAACUCCAAAAGCAGACCCUCAAUAUUGUGGUGACUUUGGAUGCAUUCGGUAAUCCGCAAGGCCUGGUGACGGAUCUGAAGGAUUCUUUCCAGGGUCUUUUUAUCGAAGGUAACUUGCAAAGGUUCGUUGCUGGCCUCGGUUACGGUGUGUCGAAUAGCAUAUCGAAAGUGGGUGUUCUUGAGUUAACAUUGUUGCCUUAUAUCCAUCCGGACCCUACAACGGCUUUUCAGCUGGCAUCAUCGGCGGCAUCAGGAGUUGGAGCAUUGACUUUCGAUCAAGAGCAUGAAGCAAAACGUCGUCAUAACAUGAUUCGGUCUCAUAGCACAACGACAACACCUCUUUCGCAUCUCUAUUCUGGUGUGAAAGGUCUUGGUGUUGGUGUUCUGGGUGGAAUGACGGCAAUAGUCACGAAUACGAUAGCCGAAAGUCGUAAAAGUGGUAUUGUGACGGGAGCCAUUCGUGGCAUCACGACAGGAGCUGUUGACACAGUGACCAAACCAGUUCAAGGGCUGUUUGAUCUUGUUGAAGGAACAGCAUCGGCAAUGAAGGAACUCGCUGGACCUGCUACUGGUAGUGGACGAAGUAGAGUACGACCGCCGAGGCUUUGUCGAAAUCUGUAUCACCUGUUGCCGCCCUAUUCCAUUCAAUUGGCCAACGCACAAAUGGAGAUGAUGCGAAUCAACGGCUAUUCGACGAAAGAGAGGUUACUUGACGUGGAAGUUUGCCUGGAACAGUUCAAGGGAGACGGCCUUAUUCGGCACUAUGUAUUGAUCUCGACACGUCAGUGCUACGUAUGUCAGCAGGUCAACUCAGAACCAUCGCAUGUGAUUUCUCGUAUUCCGUAUAAAUACCUAAGGAAUGUACAGCCACGUCCGGAACUCGAGAAUUCAUUGGCUAGUUUAGAAGUGAUCUUGGACACUGAUGAUCGGCGAACUCGACCAUCUCACGUAUGGUGUGGUCGAUUUGAAGUGGCACGUCGUCUAGCUGAGAAGGUUAUGCGAGCAAAACAUGAAUAUGAUCACAGUAAACGAACCCUCACAGGACAGGAUUGUAUGGCGGCUCUUGUCUUGUGGGACGAAAGAGCUCAACGUGAACGACGUCAGGAAGGAGUCAAAUACCGUUUGAAAUCCAUUCAACAACAACAGAAUAUGCAGGAAUAUCAGGAGCAAAAACAGCGAUACGAAGAUUACAAGAAAGCUCACUCUCUCUGA